GCUAUGGCUCGAUCAUUGCUAGGAGUGGUACGCGGAGCUCCCAGAGACCGUUCGUGAUCUGGUUGACCAGGCAGGGUUCGGACCCUUUUGCGCAGGGAUAUCACGUUAUCCGGCGAGUCGGACCUUGAUGGGGGCCCUCAUGGAGAAAUGGUUGGACACCACCAACUCCUUCCAUUUUUCAGCUACCGGAGAUAUGACGAUGACCCCGUUUGACUUUGCGAUGCUGACUGGCCUUGAUGCGGCCGGCCGACCGGUCCUCUAUGACAAGGACAUGGGCGAGUGAGAGGCCGCUUGGAUCUAUCUGUUGGGAGUUUGCCCACCUAUUGACAGAUCUUCGGGCAGAGUGAGGUACACUUGGUUUUCCACACAUUUCAGAGAGACUGUGCUCGAGACUCUCGAGGAGAUAGAGCAGUACACUCGAGGGUUUUUGAUGUUCCUUCUGGGGACCACUUUGUUCUCUGACAGGGGGAACACAGUUGGACUGUAUUUGCUCAGUGCUCUAGUGGACCUAUCACAGGUCAGUCAGUACGACUAGGGUGGCGUUGGCCUUACUACCCUUUAUUGUUACAUGAGUGCGACCUCCCGCGGGCGGGGGAACAUAGUCGGCGGCUAUUGGAGAGCCUGGGAGUUAUGGGUUUUCGCGUACUUUCCGACGCUAGCCCCGGAGCUCGAGGUGGAGGCUCCUCUUGUGAUUCCUUACUCGCUCGUAUUUGAGGGCCAGUACCGGCCGAGGGCCCGAGAGACUCUGCCCUUCUUGCGACAGUUCUUUGACACGGUGCCGGCGAACGAGGUCACCUGGCAGCCCUGGGCGCCCUUGGGUGGAGAUACCCGAUUUCAGUUUCCUGGGGAUUGGGCCGCUUCUCAGUACAGGAUCCUAUUUAAGGGGCCGGCUAGCAGGGCCUGGUUUCUGGGGGACCGUUUUCUGCGUCAGACGAUGGGCUACCCCGAGCAGAGUGUCCCCACAGCACCUUCGGACGAUAUGCGGUCCACUGAGAGACUCACUCCCCAGGAGGUUGAUUUGGCUAUGAUGGACACCGAUGUAACUCUACAUUUGGAGGAGGGAGAGUACGCGACCUACCGUCAUACAUACCUGAUGCCCCCAUUGACAGGUGUCCGUACUCCCACGAAGAGGUCUGCUGGCAUGCCAUCGUCGAGUCGAGCCCAGGCUGUAGGUGCCCCUUCGACUAGCAGGGCCAGCACGUCGAGAGGUGGGGCUGGACUGGUUCCCCCGAUUCCUCCGACUUAUCAUCACGCCGAAUGGCCAGAUAUUCUGAUUGAGUUGACAGGAUGGCGAUACAGGACAUCUUACCCGAUUCCAAUAGAGCCUCCCAUGCUCGAUCACUGAUACGUCAGACCCUGACUCGCCACCAGUAUGCUUUAUAGUUUUGAUUUAUCACUAAGAUAUUUGGAGAUUCAUUCAUUCACUGAUAUCUUGCAUUUGCAUCUAUAGCCUCCCAGCGAGUAUACUGAGGGGUUUCUCGGGUUGGUGGCCUCACUCGAGGGCAUGGUCUUGCGGAGAGAGACGCAGCUGUUCAUUGUCGGUGUUUCGAUGCCUCCGCUACAGACUGAGCCACAGGUUGGGCCAUCCAGGCCUUCUCGGGGAGCUGGGAGAGGGGGUUCGACUCACAGCCGAGGCGGACACAGAGCGCCUAUCAUAGAGGAGGAGUCCAGCGAGGAGGAGGAGCCUGCCUAUCCCCAGUCAAAGACAUCCGCAGACAGAAAGGGUGACUCUGGUUCCGAUUCUAGUAGUGGAGAUGAUGCCGAGGAGGGUUCCGAGGACGGCGGCUUCGAUUCAGAUGAUGAUGAUGGUGCAGAGGUUGUUCCGCAGAAGAGGACGAAGAGGGCCUCUUAUUCCUAUUCUUGAUAGCACUGAUGCAGUUGUUCCUGAUUUAUUUGCCUUUUUA